UCGUAAAGAGUAAAGAGGUCUGGUGUUGAAAAAGAGUGGAAACAGAACCCAUUGUGGUGCUGAGAGAGAGGAGUGAGCUGCUGCUGCUGCCUGCAGAGAGAGAGAGAGAAGAAGAGAAAGAGGAGACCACAAAGGGGGACUCAUGAGACAUUAUAUGGACGUUAACGCACAACGUGGACGCUGCUGUCCUUUGUGAGGAGGACCGCGUCGUCCAGUCGGAGAAGAUCCAGUAUAUGAAGAGUUAAAGACUCCGACAUCCCAACUGUUUAUUCCAGCAGCUAGCAGGCUAGCUGAGCUACAUACCUUAGAGGAGCUAGACAUGGGAAGCCCCGUGUGAGUUUGCUUGAUAAGAGAAGAGCUACAUUGUAUCAGCUGUGAUUGAAAGUGUCCGUCUGAGCUGCAACUUUAUUAUAAGAAUGAUACAAACUGAGCGCUAAACAUUUACUACUACGGACCAGGAGAGGAGAGGAGAGGAGAAAAGUCACACACAGGCCCGCUGGCUCGAGGUUGCAUACAAACACCAAGAAGGGAGAACAUGACUCACUGGCCUCUGCCAGAGACUGGCAUGGGGCAGCUGUGCCAACCUCGCCCCUGCCUGCCGCUUUAGAAACUACCCGGGUACAUCAUGACGGGGAGGCAUUGAGGUUAGCUCCCUGACGAUCGUCUCAACACCUCUCCUCCUCCUCCCUACCCCUGCCCCGUCCCCAUCAUGCUGCGCUUCCUGCCUCUCAAACUUGGUCGCCUGUACCGCUGUCUGAAGCUCUUACUGGUCGUGGGGCUCUUUGUCAUCUUGCUGAUGAACACCCACAACCUGUUCGCCUCCUUCCAGAAGAAUGAGCUCACCGACAGACGCUUCAUCAACCUCAACAAGUGUCCCGCCUGCUUUGGCACCAGCUGGUGCCGCAAGUUCAUGAACGGCCAGGUUUCCUUCGAAACCUGGGGUCGCCUGCGUUUCCUGGACGUUUUCAAUGUCAAGAAUGUUUACUUCGCUCAGUACGGCGAGCCCAGGGAGGGCACGCGCCGCGUGGUGCUGAAACGGCUCGGCUCCAACCAGGAGCUUGCCGAGAUAGAUCAGAAAAUCUGCAAGAGGGCCACGGGCAGGCCGCGCUGUGACCUCAUCCAGGCCAUGUACAAGACUGAGUUCGCCCGGAUCAACGGCGAUGUUCGUCUGCUCACUCCAGAGGUGGUGGAGGGCUGGUCAGACCUGGUGCACUGCCCCUCUCAGAGGCUGCUGGACCGCGUGGUCCGCAGGUACGCUGAGACCAAAGACUCAGGCAGCUUCCUGCUAAAGAACCUCAAAGACACGGAGAGAAUGCAGCUGCUCAUGACCUUGGCGUUCAACCCGGAGCCGCUCGUACUACAGAGCUUUCCGUCAGACGAAGGGUGGCCGUUCGCCAAGUACCUGGGAGCGUGUGGGCGCAUGGUGGCUGUCAACUACGUGGGCGAGGAGCUGUGGAGCUUUUACAACGCGCCCUGGGAGAAGAGGGUGGACUUGGCGCGCCAGCUCAUGGACAUCGCCGAGCAGCUCACCAACAACGACUUUGACUUCGCCCUCUACCUGCUCGACGUCAGCUUCGAUAACUUCGCGGUGGGCCCGCGCGACGGAAAGGUCAUCGUUGUUGACGCCGAGAACGUUCUCGUGGCGGACAAACGGCUGAUCAAGCAGAACAAGCCGGAGCUCUACGACGUGUGGUACGAGAGCCGCUUCGAGGAGUGCGACCGGGAGGCCUGCCUGUCUUUCUCCAAGGACUCCCUCUGUUCCAGAGUCACAGUGGACCACAACUACUACGCCGUGUGCCAGAACCUGCUGUCGCGGUACGCUACGUGGCGGGGCACCACCGGAGGCCUCCUCCACGACCCCCCCGCCCAUAUAGCCAAAGAUGGACAACUCAUGACCCUGUUGGACGAGUGCACCAGACCCAAAAAGCGCUACGGCCGCUUCCAGGCGGCCAAGGAACUGCGUGAAUACCUCACACAGCUAGCCGCCGCGUCCUCCUCCGCUACGGCCAGGUAAUGAAUGGAGUCGGCGUUCUAGCCUGACGCACUGAGAGACUGGAGACUCUUUUAUCUUCGAACUCUUUGAGAUCCUGGUUCUUGUACAUGAUGUCAUUCGCUCCCCCUUUUGUGCGCCGGAGCACGGAGGCGUUAGAGGUCUUGCAUCAGGAAGUGUAAGAAAAACUUCAAAGCAGAUUUGUUAAAGCUCUAGCUUUUAACCUGACUUUGCUCCUGUGCGAAGGAGGAGUGUGGCGCUAAGAUUCUGGUUAGAACCAGGAUAGAGAGGGGAUAGAGGUAACCCCUCCUCUCCCAGGGUGGGCUGCCAUCUUUUGGGUGGGAGGGGAGGUGAGAAAGGGCUCUGGUAAACGCAUCCGUCACUGGACCCAGGCUACCGCAAAACCAGAGCAGCAACGCCGCAACAGCCCUGACUACAUCCAUCCUCCCGUUCACUCCUCAAAUCCAUCACAACUGUUGUGUUUUAUAACAUUGAAUCUUAACACCUGUUUCAUUUUGCCCCCAGGAUCUUUUGUUGUUGUUUUUUUUUUUAUUUUAUUCAGGGCUGAAUUUAAGUACAUUGGUGCGUUUACAUUUUUGCUGUGCCAUGGCUUUUUUUUUUUUUUUUUUCUCUCUGUAGCAUGGCUGCAGGGGAGGCGGAGGUAGCAUGAAUCUCCUGCUGUCAGGCCAGGUAGAGACGAGAGGCAGGGGGUUGAAAAGAAAAAACCCUUGACGGCUAUAUAAGUCUAAUUUCCUGCUACUUCAAUCAAUCUCUUGAUUUCCAGGUUCCAGGAUUGUGGCAAUCAUCUUCUUUGUGUGUUUUUUGUUCCCCCCUAUUCAAUAGGAAACAGAGAGUGAAGACAGCUGCACAUAGGAAAUAAGGAAAGGAAUAAUUGGACAGUGGUGGUCCCUUGAUGCAGAUGUGCCUAUACCAAAGAGGCUAUAUGUAAUAUUAAGAACCCAGAGCAGUACAGAGUGACAGCACCUUUCCCUCCAGUUGUUUCCCAGUAGAGCUGUCCAAAGGUAAUGUGUACACAAUCCUAUAUGAGCUGGCAGGCCUGCAAUGUGAUUUAUUCUUUUUCAAUAAAAUCCAGAAGGUAUGCGAGUCAAAGAUUGGGCAUACUUAAUGCCACAUAACCCCCCCUCUCUGCUUUGCUAACCUCCCACACGAUUGAUAAAUGAUGAUCAGAUAGGCCGAAGCGUGCUUUUCUUCAACAAAAAAAUGAAAUGAAGUGAUUCUUAAGAGGGCUGGAAAACACAAUAAAACAGCGCAGUAGUGGCCUCCAGUGCCAGAUUCUCCUUUUUAAAUGUCUGUAAUUGAUAAAUGAAUCUUAUUGUCAAACUUCUCCCACUAGUGUUAAACGCAGCGAGGCUCCAUCAAGUAAAUGUUAAAGAAGGGAUUGAAGAGAUCUUGAAUUACUUCCUCGCUACAGAAAACGGCUUCUGACCUGCACUUUUUACAUCUCGCAGCACAGAAAUUCUUCUGUUGAAUAUUUAAACACCACUUAGAGGUCGGGGUAAUUUUUACACUCAGAGGAACCAGCGAAUUAAAGCGUAAUCACAAAUACAGGCUCAUUUGAUAAUGGAUUGUGAGACAUCUUAACUCGGAUAACCUAAAAAAAAACAAAAAAACAUCUGUUUUUCAUCUGUGUUGAUGUUGUGAAUCGGACGCUAAAGGCCCAGUGGAGUGUUGUGUAGCAUGGCUCAAUAAUGAAGUAAAUACGAGCCACGCCGUCUAUGGGGGAAAUCUAGAAAGCACAGUAGUUGCUUUCUGGCUUUCUGCGAGACCCAAGGAGCGGACGUGACCCCUGUCGAAUAGGAAAAGCAAUAAAGAGAAGUUUGGCUAAUGGUUUUUGGUUUUGAACCCCACCCCCCCUCCCUCCUUUUGUUGUGUCGGAUAUAUUUCUGUUUCCCCCGUAUGGAGGAACCUGGAGGGAUUUGUACGUGCGUAACUAACUGUCCACUUUUGUACUGUAAUUUUUCUUUUGAGUAUUAUAUCAGCAUUGUCUGAUUUUUCCUGUGCCUUUCAUUCAAAAGUUGUAUUUACAACUUUUAGUGGGUUUAAAUAUUAAAAUAAAUGAAGAUAUAUAUAUAUAUAUAUAUAGAUAUAUACACUUA